AUGAGUUCCCAAUUUGCAAAUCGCCGAAAGCCCCGCAAAAUUGGUGGCGAUGAUGAGGAAAAUGACGCCGACGAGCAAGACUCUGGACCUGUUGUCAAACGUCCUCCGACUUCGAAAACGAAGCAAAAGUCGAAGAUGCGCCUUUCGUUCGGCCCCGGCAGUACCUCGAUGGCCGACGAUGACGACCAGGAAAGCGAAGUUGUCAUUCCCAAACGACCUGGGCUCGCGAAACGGGCUAUAGAGAAGAGCGCAUUUCAGCGAUCAUUGACACCGUCGGGCGCAGGUGGUCAGAUCCCCCUCCGGGUAGGGCCUGAGCAGGAUAGGCCGAGUUACAACGACGAAUAUCUAAAAGAGCUCCGAAACUCGACACCCUCUACGCCGAAGCCCGCCGCUGAGGACGAAUCGGAGAAGACAAUUGAUGUGGCUGCCAAGUUUGGUGAGGUCAUGAAGGUUUCAACCCCUGCUGCUAUUCCCAGCGAAGCAGAGAUUAGAGAAAAGAAAGCUCGGAGAGCCCGAUUAGCGAAGGAAGAAGCGGCGCUUUCCACCGAGAAAGACUUCAUUUCCCUCGAGGAUGAUAUGGAAGAGGACGACUGGGAUCUUCAAGCGCGGCGGGAGGAUACGAGGCUCGUCCGUGACGAUGAAGACUUCGCAGAAGGAUUUGACGAGUUUGUUGAGGACGGACGUAUAUCCCUUGGGAGGAAAGCAGAGAAAGAGCAAAAGCGAAAACAGCGGGAAGAAAUGCGUGAACUUAUUGAUGAUGCUGAAGGUCUGUCGGAUGAGGAUGAUUCAGACUUGGAGGAAAAAGCAGCGUACGACGCCAGUCAGGCACGAGCUGCUAUGGGUGCGAGCAGAGACCCUAUCGACCGUCCGCGCACUCCGCCCAAGAUGACCUCGUUACCCCGUCUGUCGAACUCACUUGAGCGUUUGCGUAUGAACUUGGCGGUCCUAGAGAAGUCAAAGGCUCAGAUGAUCGACCGUAUGGAGGAACUGAGGAAGGAGAAGGCGGACAUAGCUGUUCGGGAAGUAGAAAUCCAGGCUCUGAUCAAAGAAGCUGGAGAUAAUUACGAGAAGCUUAAGCAGGAGGCUGGAAUCACUCCUGGCUCGGAUGGGAACCUCUCUACAGCCGAUGAAAUGGCGAAUUCGCGAGGCUUGGAGGGUCUUGGAAAUUCGGUGACAGCAUCUGCAAACAACUCUGAGCAUGAGGAGCCUUGA